AUGGUUCUCGAUAUGAGAGCCAAGAUAAGGAAGUUUGUUUCUAGCUUGGGCAUACAUGUGAAUAAGUUGUGUCAAGCAGCUUUGUUGAUCUCAAAUAUGGACACCUUCAAACUCAUGGUAUAUGCUCAGCAAGUUGAGGAGAAUAAUAAGAAGGAUAGAGAGGAGAAUCAAAGCAAGAAUGCCAAAUACACAGGCAAUGAGGGCAACAAUCAGAAAAGUGGAAAUGUUAGUCGCUCUUUCUUUCAGAAGAGGUCUUCUAGUUAUACACCAUCUUCAGCGAGUACAUCUACAGACAACAAUAAGAAUGAAAAGAGGUCUCAAGCCAGGCAAGGUGAUGCAGGAAACAGAGCCCAAUCUUCUUUGGCAGCUCUGCCAAAUAAAGGUAAUCAUAGAGGGUCUAAUUCAGGAGUAGGCGGAGGUUCAAACCAUCUAUAUGAUUCGGAAAAUUACCAUGACUGA